CGCCGCCGCCGCCGCGUCGAGUGCAAGGGCUUCUGGGAGCCGAGCCUCGGGGUCUCGGAGAAGGGGCGCAGGUGGCCGCCAUCUUGGAUUGCGAACUGGGUCGCUACGCUUCACGCCAGGGGCGGAGUGGCGGCCCUUGUGUUACCCGCCACACACGUCGCCGCUGGGGACUGGGAAAUCAGGGCAUCGGAGAGUGCCACGUUAAUGGGGCGACAGCGGUCGCGGGGGCGUGGCAGCCGGACCUUUCCCUUGCGGACGCGAAGGCGUGAUGCCAUGGCUAGUCCAGGGAAAGAUAACUAUAGAAUGAAAAGUUAUAAGAAUAAAGCCCUAAAUCCUCAAGAGAUGCGUAGACGAAGAGAAGAAGAAGGAAUACAGCUUAGAAAACAAAAAAGAGAAGAACAGUUGUUCAAACGCAGAAAUGUCUCUUUGCCCAGAAAUGAUGAAUCUAUGCUUGAAAGUCCUAUACAGGAUCCAGAUAUUAGUUCCACUGUACCCAUUCCAGAGGAAGAAGUUGUUACUACAGAUAUGGUUCAGAUGAUUUUUUCUAAUAAUGCUGAUCAACAGCUAACAGCAACACAGAAAUUUAGAAAGCUGCUUUCUAAAGAACCUAAUCCACCAAUAGAUCAAGUUAUACAGAAACCAGGAGUUGUACAGAGAUUUGUGAAAUUUCUUGAAAGAAAUGAAAAUUGCACUUUACAAUUUGAAGCUGCAUGGGCAUUAACAAAUAUAGCAUCUGGAACUUUUCUGCAUACCAAGGUAGUGAUUGAAACUGGGGCUGUUCCGAUUUUUAUCAAACUUCUUAAUUCUGAACAUGAAGAUGUUCAGGAACAGGCUGUUUGGGCACUUGGUAAUAUUGCUGGUGACAAUGCAGAAUGCAGAGAUUUUGUUUUGAAUUGUGAAAUACUUCCACCUCUUUUAGAGUUAUUAACAAAUUCAAACAGACUCACAACAACAAGAAAUGCUGUGUGGGCCCUCUCAAAUUUAUGUAGAGGCAAAAACCCUCCUCCAAACUUUAGUAAGGUUUCACCUUGCUUAAAUGUCCUGUCACGACUGUUGUUUAGCAGUGACCCAGAUGUGUUAGCAGACGUGUGUUGGGCCCUUUCUUAUCUCUCCGAUGGACCCAAUGAUAAAAUUCAAGCAGUCAUUGAUUCUGGAGUCUGUCGAAGAUUGGUGGAACUUUUGAUGCACAAUGAUUAUAAAGUUGUAUCACCUGCAUUAAGGGCAGUUGGUAAUAUUGUGACUGGUGAUGAUAUUCAAACACAGGUAAUUUUGAAUUGUUCUGCAUUACCCUGUCUCUUACAUUUAUUGAGUAGCCCAAAGGAGUCAAUUAGAAAAGAAGCCUGCUGGACUGUUUCUAACAUCACUGCUGGAAAUAGAGCUCAGAUUCAGGCUGUUAUAGAUGCAAAUAUUUUUCCUGUUUUGAUUGAGAUUCUUCAGAAAGCGGAGUUUCGUACCAGAAAAGAAGCAGCUUGGGCUAUAACUAAUGCAACAUCAGGAGGUACUCCAGAGCAAAUAAGGUAUUUGGUAGCUUUAGGCUGCAUUAAACCACUUUGUGAUCUUUUGACUGUUAUGGACUCCAAAAUAGUCCAAGUGGCUUUAAAUGGACUUGAAAAUAUUUUACGUCUUGGAGAACAAGAAUCUAAGCAGAAUGGAAUAGGCAUUAAUCCAUACUGUGCUCUCAUUGAAGAAGCAUAUGGUCUGGAUAAAAUUGAGUUUUUGCAAAGCCAUGAAAAUCAGGAAAUUUACCAGAAGGCAUUUGAUCUGAUUGAACAUUACUUUGGUGUAGAAGAAGAUGACCCCAGCAUUGUACCUCAGGUGGAUGAAAACCAACAACAGUUUAUAUUUCAGCAGCAGGAAGCACCAAUGGAUGGAUUUCAACUUUAACUUACUGGAGGAAAAAAAAUUUGUGGCUAAAAAGGGUAGCUUCAGAAAUGACAGACUUUUUCAUUGAAUGAUGAGGACACAGCAGCCAUAUUAUGCCAAGAGGAAAAAUAUCAUGAUCAUAUUGAAAGAUCAAGCAUGAGUUUCCAUGGUGAAGUCUUCUGUACCAAUGCGCCAGAGAAUGCCUACCAUCCAAAAAAGCAGUCAGCUGAUGGAAAAGAAGAUUAUUAAACCUUUGUUCUGGGAUUUACUGUUAAAAAACAAACAAAAAACAACAAAAAAGCAGUGACAGGAAACAGUUAAGGAAAUGAUUUAACUGAAGGGAAGCAAGAUUUUUUAAAGCAUUGUUCUUAAUCCCCAUGACUGUCCUUCAGUCACAAUUCCAGAAUAAAAGAAUCUACUUUGUGUA